UUUUGUCCCUGAAAAAAAGUACGUACAGGUGCGGAGUGAUGCUGCAGCCGAAGAAGAGCUGUCAUUUUUUCGAUCCUGAGGAUCUCGUAAAGGUUUUUUUCUCCUCUUCGACUAUGGUACGCUGGCGAUAUCUCGACCGUUAGCUGUCAUUCAUGUGAACUUCCGGCUCCGAACCAUAUCUUGCCUUUUCCUUCUUACACCACUGAUAACUUCGGUCUGAUUUAAUUGAUCGUUAUAUCGUAUAUUGAAGCAUUAUACAGUUGUCUCUGCACGAGCAACGCCCUCGAAAACUCGGAUAACGAUGGACUCCAGAUCAGACAGGGCCUUGAUACAUGGUCAUACCUACGGACUACAAAGCGAGAGGCAUAACAACAAUAACACUGCAAUGGAUCCCCAGCGUAUUCCCCGCUCCUUGGGGAAUUAUGAGACCCAGCACCCAGAUCGCAGCGAGUAUACAGAGAUUGCGGGCGAGCAAGGCUGGCCUCCGCGCGUGUUGCAUGAAAUGAAAGACCUGCUCUUAGUUCUGAGUUCUGUGGGCAGAAUACUGUAUGCUUCGCCGUCUUGUCAGUCAAUUACGGGCUAUACGGCAAAGCAGAUUGAGGGCAAGCCUCUAUCGCAGCUCAUCCAUGAAGAUGAUAGGCCAAUCCUCAACCGCGAGCUGGACGAGUGCUUUGCCACCGGAAGUCCACUCCGUAGCUGCCAUUUCCGUUUCAACAAAUUGAACAAUGGCCCGUGCAUAUUUGAAGCACACGGACAUGCACACAUAGCGCGCCAUAAUGUGAACAUUGGCGACGGGAACACGGGGCGUCGUUGUGAUGGCUUUUUCCUCAUGUGUCGACCUUACCCCACUAAGAGCACUCGACUCCUCGACACUUUCCUGGAACAUAAAGUCGAGAACAUUCGGCUGAAUUACCGAAUCGCAAGGCUUAAGGAGGAAGAGGAGGAGGAGCUGAAUGCGAAUCGACUAUCGUCUUUCAGACAAGACCAAACGGGCAACAGCCACUUUUUGCAUUCUCAGCAUCAAACUCACAUUACUUCUAUGCACGCCAGCCAUACGCAAUCUAAUGUGAAUGACUCAACCACUGAUGGCGAUGACAAUGACUCCGCAGAUGCCGCCUUCAAUGUGGAUGACAACGAUUCCAGAAUGUUCGUGGAUCAUCUAGCUGAUAAAUUGCCUCCGGCGGAAGAUCUAUCUCAUAUCGACGGAAUCGAGGUCAUGACAGGUCUGUAUUACGGCGAGGGAGAAAGAUCUCAGGGACUUAGUACUGGUAUUCCCCGUGGUCGUCUCGUCCAAUGCGAUAUCGACGUCACCACGACGGACCAGCAAUCCAGAACUGCUCCAGAUGGAGAUCGGAGAAAGAGAUUGAGGGGUGAAUAUUCUUGCACGGAUUGCGGGACUUCUGACUCUCCGGAAUGGAGAAAGGGUCCUGAAGGACCAAAGACCUUGUGCAAUGCUUGCGGAUUACGCUGGGCCAAGAAGGAAAAGAAACGUCAAGACAUUCCUUAGUAACUUGGCAUAUUGGUCUCUAUUUUUUGUGCCUUUCCAUCUUGCCAUUCUUGGCUUGCGAAAGAUACCCCCUGCUCUACGAAUUUAUGGUCUUUUCGCAUAUAAUUUGGCUUUAUCUCUUGGUUUUUCCUUGAACAGUUGGUAAAGGGUUGGACAUUCUGUGAUGCUCUCAAUUCAUGCUAAUACUCUCCUUUUCGGGCGGUAUGAACUUUUU